CGUCCAGUAGCCAGCCAGCAGAGUCAACGGAGAGUUGACAGGAACAACACCAUCGCUCUGAGCGCACAUUAUUCAUGGAUUGUGUGAAGAAACGCCUCAUUUAACAAGAAAUUCCUCUUUGUUGCGCUAAGAAGUGGCAGUUAAUUCGCAAGAUCAGGUGUACAAUCACGAGGUGUGCCAUCUGUGACGUCCACUAUGCUGGCCUAUUGGACUUGAACAGGUUGAAGACGACUUAAGAGGCUGCUGUGUCAGUCAGAGCUUGAACCUACAGUAGGGGAAGAGAUGGGGAAUACAGCAACCAAGUUCCGUAAGGCUCUCAUCAAUGGGGACGAGGUACUGGCCUGCCAACUGUAUGAAAGCAACCCGCAGUUCAAGGACGCUCUGGAUCCCAAUUCUACAUAUGGAGAGUCCUACCAGCACAACACUCCGCUGCACUAUGCUGCCCGGCAUGCCAUGACACGCCUACUCAGGUCUUUUCUCCUAAGCAAAGAUGGGAAUCCUAACAAGCGUAAUGUGCACAAUGAGACAUCUCUGCACCUUCUCUGCAUGGGGCCCCAGAUCCUGACCUCAGAGGGGGCACUGCAACCCCGAAUCUCACGGCCAUAUGAAGACAGACAUCGUCGGGCGGAAUGUCUCCAAGUCAUCCUGACAUGGACUGGAGCCAAGCUGGACCAUGGAGAAUAUGAGAGUGCUGAUGUCAAUGCUGUGGACAACAAGAAAAACACAUGUCUGCACUAUGCUGCCGCCUCAGGCAUGAAGACUUGUGUAGAGUAUUUGGUGCAAAGUGAUGCCGACCUGUUUGCGGAGAAUGAAAACCGCGAGACUCCGUGUGACUGUGCAGAGAAGCAGCACCACAAGGAGUUGGCCCUGUGCCUGGAGUCGCAGAUGGUCUUCUCUCUUGCCCCCGAGGCAGAGGGUAUAGAGGCAGAGUACGCAGCCCUCGACCGAAGAGAGCUGUACGAGGGCCUGCGGCUUCAGGACCUACGGAGACUAAAGGACAUGCUGAUAGUGGAGACAGCCGACAUGCUGCAGGCCCCUCUCUUCACUGCAGAGGCACUGCUACGCGCCCAUGAUUGGGACAGAGAGAAGCUCUUAGAGGCCUGGAUGACCAAUGCGGAGGAAUGCUGCCAACGCUCAGGAGUACAAAUGCACAACCCGCCUCCAAGUGGCUACAAUGCCUGGGACACUUUGCCCUCCCCCCGGACGCCACGCACCACCCGCUCCUCCAUCACCUCCCCAGAUCAAAUCAGCCUCAUGCCUGCUGAUGAGGAGUCUUCUCUGUGUGGUAUCUGCAUGUCUUCAAUCUCCGUCUUUGAAGAACCUGUUGAUAUGUCCUGUGGCCACGAGUUCUGCCGAGCAUGCUGGGAAGGGUUUCUAAAUCUAAAGAUCCAAGAGGGUGAAGCCCACAACAUCUUCUGCCCUGCCUUCGACUGCUACCAGCUAGUGCCUGUGGAAGUGAUUGAGAGUGUGGUGUCUAGAGAGAUGGACAGGCGCUACCUCCAGUUUGACAUCAAGGCAUUUGUGGAGAACAAUCCAGCAAUCCGUUGGUGUCCUGUGGCAGGGUGUGAAAGGGCAGUGAGACUGAACACCCAGGGCCCUGGGACCUCCACCUCAGAUGCUCUUAGUUUUCCCCUGCUUCGGUCCCCCGCUGUUGAUUGCGGCAAAGGACACCUCUUCUGCUGGGAAUGUCAAGGCGAGGCCCAUGAACCCUGUGACUGCGAGACCUGGAAGUCAUGGCUACAGAAAGUCACUGAGAUGAGACCUGAGGAACUGGCUGGUGUGAGCGAAGCUUACGAGGAUGCAGCCAACUGCUUAUGGUUGCUAUCUAACUCCAAACCUUGCGCCAAUUGCAAGUCCCCAAUACAGAAAAAUGAGGGCUGCAACCACAUGCAGUGUGCUAAGUGUAAGUAUGACUUCUGCUGGAUCUGUCUGGAGGAGUGGAAAAAGCACAGCUCAUCAACAGGAGGCUACUAUCGUUGCACCCGCUACGAGGUCAUCCAGCAGGUAGAGGAGCAGUCAAAGGAGAUGACUGAAGAGGCCGAGAAGAAGCACAAGAGCUUUCAGGAACUCGACCGUUUUAUGCACUACUACACGCGCUUCAAGAACCAUGAGCACAGCUAUCAGCUCGAGCAGCGCCUGUUAAAAACAGCCAAAGAGAAGAUGGAGCAGCUCAGCCGAGCCCUGAGUGGAAGGGAAGGAGGACCACCUGACACUACAUUCAUUGAAGAUGCGGUCCUGGAACUACUAAAGACUCGCCGCAUCCUCAAGUGCUCUUAUCCUUAUGGGUUUUUUUUGGAGCCCAAAAGCACAAAGAAAGAGAUCUACGAGCUUAUGCAGACUGACUUGGAGAUGGUGACUGAGGACCUAGCACAAAAGGUUAACCGGCCUUAUCUGCGGACGCCACGCCACAAGAUCAUCCGUGCGGCGUGUCUGGUACAGCAGAAGAGGCAGGAGUUCCUGGCCUCUGUAGCCAGGGGAGUGGCCCCAAAUGACUCUCCAGAUGCCCCCCGGCGCAGUUUUGCUGGCGGAACCUGGGACUGGGAAUAUUUAGGCUUUGCAUCACCUGAGGAGUACGCAGAGUUCCAGUACAGAAGGAGACAUAGGCAGCGGAGGCGAGGCGACAUGUCCAGCCUUCGUAGCAACACACCCGACCCUGAUGACCUCAGCGACAGUAUUUUAGACACACAGGACGGUGGAGGUGGACGUAGACAAGGUCAUCUGAUGGGUCUAGGUUCUUUGGAUGACGAUGACCCUAACAUUCUACUGGCCAUUCAGCUGUCACUCCAGGACUCAGGGAUGUUAGGGAGCGGGUCCAAUCAUGACGUCCUUGCCAAUGAAGCCUCACUAGGCGCAAUCGGCACGUCCCUGCCUUCUAGGCUUGAACAGAGUGCUCCUGGUGUAGGGGUCCUCCCCAGAGCUUCCCUAAGCAGCUCAGAACUGCUGGAGCUGGGCGAUAACUUGGCCAGACUUGGCAACAUCAACAGCCAGCACUCUGCCACUGCUGUUCCUGCCUCUGCACAGCAUGGUGACAGUCUCCACCGGGCAUACGGCUCUUCUGUGCCAAUACCAGUGGCUCCAGGUGGCAGCAACUCUUCAACAGGCAUCUUCUCUUCUUCCAGUGACACGAUAGAUUCAACCACUUGCGGCAGCCACGAUCCAUCCUCUUCCUCUACUUUAGCAGCAAAUGCUAACCUGCUGGGCAACAUCAUGGCUUGGUUCCACGAUAUGAAUCCUCAAGGUAUCACCCUCGUCCCCUCAACCUCCUCCAACAAUGACUCAAGCCUUGGUGCACUGCAUGCAGGUGGAGGAGGGUGCCUGCAUGAUGAUGAGAAAGGCGAGGCCGUCCUGCCUGAAACCAGGAAGCCUCAGGAGGGGAUGGCAGAUGUGGGUUUCACUCAGAGACUGAGUGAGAAGGAGGAGAAGGAGUGUGCUGUCGCAGAGAGGCCGACUGAGUUAGAUCUAGUAGGGCUGGACACCAUGCCGCUAUCUUACGUGGCCACCCUUGACACAAGUGGAGACCGCGCCGAACGGGGAGGCUCAAAGGUCUGCCACGUCGACACGCCACAAUGUGACUCUAUAUCCGACCAGCUGCCCAGCACCAGCUCCUCUGAAUGGGAGGAGCAAGUGCACUUGGUAUGAAGUGGCUGAGAUGGGAGGUGUUUUUUUUGUUUGUUUUUUUUUUUUGGAAAGGCCAAAAACCAUUAUAGUGUGAAAAUUACAUAGAGUUAAGGAAUAUGUGUAGUGGCUAUUAGGUGGAAUGUAUACAGAAUGAAGAAUGUGUCAGUUUGUACUGGGUUGGAAAGUGGGGGAAGAAGUUUUAGAUUCUUAGCCUCAGUCUGGCAUUGCAGUCAGAUCAGUUUCCUGCGUUUACUGUAUUGUCAGACCCCCCAAAAACAGCCCUCCUGAAAAGAAAGCACUAACUGAAGGAGAUAUUACAUUUGUUAAAAAACUUUGAAAGAUUUACUUCCUAAAAUGAUUCUGUGCUGAUAGAAAUAUGAAUAUGUUGCCUUUUCUGAAAUCAUUUUUAGAGGAUAUAAGAGACUUUAGCCUAGUGCAAGUAUUAUCUUUUUUCCACUGGAGUAAAAGCCUACUGUAUGUGUCUGAAUCAGGUCUGAGGGGGGGUUUUCAACUGUACAUAUGCACAGAUCAAUAUUUUGUUCCAAUAUUCAAUCUGUGGGAUACAGGCUGGGAGGUAUUUCUUGCUCUUGUCCAGAUCAGCCUACUUUAAAGGUGCCAAACACUGACUAGCAAAAGCACAGUUUGCAGUCACCAAGUGGAUUCUUCAAAGCAAAUUGUGCCUACUUAUUACAAUCUCAACAAUUCAGCUAAACUUAAAACGUGCAAGUCUCUCUAGCCAUAUAUUUAGAUUGCGGCUGAGUGAUAUUUUCAAAAUCUCUCAAAGCUUUAGUGUGCUGUGUAAAUCUGUAGUGUAAGACCAUAAUGGUUGUGUACUUUAUUAAGUGAAACAUUCACACAAAACUGUUUAGAUUCAUUAUUCAAAUGAAAAGUUGGUGGCCUGCUAGAAAACAUUUCUAAAUUGACUUGGUGAUGGUUAUUCUCUAAGCCUCAAUCCUUACACAUUUUCAAUGUGAAAUGUCUGCUGAUCUUCAAAAACAACAAAACAGACGGGCCCAGAGGGGCUGCUCAGUUUCAUUUCCAGCUGCAUUGUAGCUUGUUUAAAUGAAUGUUUGAGUACUGCAGCUAAAUGUGGCGCGUGACAGACUAAGUAGACAGCGAGUAGUCUUGUUUAUACGCUGCGGGAAAGACCAGUGAAAGAGGUAAUCAGGCAAUCGCAUUCAGACUUUGGUGAAUUAAUUAAUCAAGCCCGAGUCACUGUAAUUUAUCUCUGGGUCCUAUUUAAGUGUAAUAUAAGCAAAGCCUUCUCAGAGCUCUGCAGAUGUCCCGGGCUGCAGGGUAAUGCAUGGAGAAUUCAUGAAUGUGUGUUGCAUCUCAAAACACAUGGGAUAUCCAUGUCUUUGAAACGAUUCUCUACGCCGUUAGAGAGACAGUGCCUUUAUGUCAAUCACCAUUAUUUAAAUCUUUUUCACACAUUUUCCUGAGUGCUAAUUACACAGUAUAUACAGUGUAAACAAAACAGACACCUGUGUCUAAUGUGCAAACAUGAGAUCUUGAGGGGGUUUUUUUCAAAAUAUUUGUAGCAUGAGGCUUUUUGUUGGUUCUAGUAGUUUUAUGUUGAUGGUUAACACUGAAUUUAUAUGAUUUGGUAUAAUGGGCAACGGUUAAUGUCAUACUUGUUCCCAAAUAUUUUGAAAAAAAAAAAGGUUUUAUUUCUCAUCUUUUUGUGUGGAAGGGCUUCCUGUCCCUUCAUUUUGAAACAGUUGGGUUUCUGUGGUUUAAAAACAAAAAUCACUGUACUGACUUCGGAAUGAGUUGACCUACUGUAUGUGUAUCAUGUAUCUUACCUGAAGACACUAAGAUGGAGGAAAGUUGCAAUAUAAAAGUAGGUAUUUAUUUGAAAAACAUUGGUCCAUUAAAGAAAAUGGAUUGUGAAUAACCAAUAUGAAAUGAAACAAAACAAAUCGAUCAGUGAUUUACCAUUAAGACUUAAUUAUGUUGUUGUACAAACUAAUGUCUGAAGUAAAGUACCUUCUUUUUCCAGCAGACCUGUAUAGGCCACAUUAAAUCUAAAGAUAGUGAUUGCUUUGACAAGUGUCUUGAAGUUGUAAAACUGUGAGUGCCAUAUGGUAAGUGGAGCUAACUUUGUUGGACUUGCUUAAUAUAAGUGGGUUAAACAGAGAAGAUAAGAUACUGUAUUUUGCCCUUUCUUUGUAACAGUAUGCUGUGCAUGAAAUGGGUAGAAGUCUAAAUGGAAUUUGUACUUCCACCAUAUUUCACCUCUAAUGUCCAGGUGAUUUAUUUUAAAAUGGCAUAUAACAUUUUGUAACUCAUUGAGAUUUUCUAUUGUAAAGCAACUAAUCCUUGAAAUGCUGUUUGCACUUUCAUAGUCUAUACUUGAUACAUUCCCUCUUUAUAUGAAAAAUGUUUGUGUGAUGCCAAUAAACUAUGUGUUGAGUUUUAA